UAAAAAGGAUCCAGGACAGGAGCCACUGGAGAACAGCUCUGGAAACGCAAUCGUUCCUGCAGGGGAAAAAAGGAAAGCUCAGCGCAUCAGCUUUAAUUUACUGAAGCUUUGAAACUCAGCAAGGAACAGGCAAAUAUGCCACAGAAUGUAACAUUACAAGGUCCUGCCCCAUGGGGAUUCAGACUGACUGGUGGGAAGGAUUUCAACCAACCCCUAACUAUAUCAAGGAUUACUCCUGGAAGCAAGGCAAGCCUGGCUAACCUUUGCCCUGGUGAUAUUAUUCUUUCCAUUGAGGGUGUAACAACAGAAGGAAUGACUCACUGUGAAGCUCAGAACAGAAUAAAGGAUUCAACAAAUCAACUAAACCUAAAGAUUCAAAGGCCAGAAACAAAACUUUGGUCACCUCAAGUGAAAGAAGACGGUAAAUCUCAUCCAUUUAAGAUUAAUUUGGAAGCUGAACAGCAAGAUCUAGGCUACUUCGAGCACAAGUUUAACAUCAGACCAAAGCCAUUUGUAGCCACAUCCUCAAGCAGUGGCCUCACAGGAGGAUCUGGAUACAAUGCUCCUUCUGUGGCAGCCAUCAUUUCCCCUCCUGAUCUAAAACCUACUUCUAAAAUGAUUCCUCAGAAGAACUGGGGUGCACAGUUUCCAGGGGUCAAGAUUCAGCAUACACAAUUUAACUCUCCUAUGUCACUAUAUUCAGACACCAAUAUUCUGAAUACAUUGCAAGGUCGGGUGUCUGCUACUGUAGGAGAAAAAUGCAAUAAAAGUUCAGAGCCCCUGUCAUCAAUAGAGCAAUCCCAUGUAUACAAGAUGCUACAGGAGAACGAAGAAGAACAUCAUGAGCCUCGACAAUCAGGAUCCUUCCGAGCACUGCAAGAAUUUGUGCAGGAUGAAUCUGGCUCUCGUCCAAUUGGCAUUAGAAGUGUCAAAGCACCAGUGACAAAGCCAGCUGGAAGUGUGACAAGUGUGCAGAAGCUUCCACUGUGUGACAAGUGUGGAAAUGGUAUAGUUGGGACUGUUGUCAAGGCAAGAGAUAAGUUUCGCCACCCAGAGUGUUUUGUAUGCUCUGACUGCAAUAUGAACCUUAAACAGAAGGGUUACUUCUUUGUGGAUGGGCAGCUGUACUGUGAAACUCAUGCCAGGUCCAGGAUGAGACCACCAGAGGGAUAUGAUGCUGUCACUGUUUACCCUACUGCAUAAAAUUCCUGCAUUGUACUCUAUAUGGCAAAAAGCACAAUGCUUAUAAAACAACUGAGGUGAUCUCAAAGAUUAAGCUGUCACAGCUUGCCUCCAUUGCAGUAUAAUCCUAGAUGCAACACCUUAAUGCGCUGCUUGAUCAUAUUUAAAGUACAUUGCACAUAGUCACCCAUACUAGCAGCUUCAAAUUUAUCAAAAAAAGCACAAUAAAACUUUUGGCACAAAAAUGAAAUAAUUUGAAAGCCUAAAGCAACUAGGCCCUCUAGGCAACUAGGUUUCAAUAUGUUUCCUAUGCAAGAUUCUAUAUAAAAAUCACAACUGAUUAUCUGAAGAUUCUAAAAAUGACUAGCAAUAAGCACUUCAGUCUGUUCACCCUGCUGAUGACAAUGUUGAUAUAACUGAAAUAAAAGCUUUGGUAUGAUUACAUUUCUAGUUUAAAUUUUCCCAAUGACAUCAGAGUGCACAAAUACAUUUGUAGAUUUUGAAUAAAAGCAAAGGUAUCUAUUGUA